CAGCAAACAGUUCGCGCUUAGACACCGGACCGCUAACAACGCGACAGUCGCAGGAAAGCAAACACAGAAGGAAUAAAAAAUUGGAAGAAUAAUUAGUUCCCAGAAUAACAAGAAGCCAGAAAAUGAGUCACAAAAUCUCCGCUGUGUGCCUUCUGAUGAGCUGCCUGUUUGCCGCAGUCUAUGGCGCUGCUAAGGUACCCAUUGCCGUGUACUACGAGUCCUUGUGCCCGGACAGUGCCAAGUUCAUUACGGAGCAACUGUAUCCGGCGGUCAGGGGAGAGCUGCGUGAUGUGGUGGACCUUACCUUGGUGCCUUUCGGAAAGUCUCAGUUCUUCACCCAGGGCUCUGAGGUGACCUUCACCUGCCACCAUGGCCCGAAUGAGUGCUAUGGCAACAAGGUGCAUGCCUGUGCCAUCGAACACAUCCAGGCCAACUCCUACCAGGUUGAGUAUACGCGCGAGACCCUGACCAUCGACUUCAUCAACUGCCUGAUGAAGGCCGGCAAGAACUUCCCGGACAAUGUCUAUCCCGGCCAGCGUUGUGCUCAGGAGAAUCACAUCAACAACUGGGAGAACAUCAAGACUUGUGCCAACACCACCGAGGGCAGUGUCCUGCUCCGCAAGGCCGGUGAGACCACCCAGCGGCUCAAGGAGCCAUUGACCAGCGUGCCCACCAUUCUGUUCAACGAGCAAUUUGAGAAGAGUGUUAAUGACCGCGCCCAGGUGAACUUUGUGGGCACUCUCUGCAAAUAUGUGUCCGCCCCACAGCCACGCAUCUGCACUGCCCACAAUGGAGCCGGUGCUCUCUCCAUGACCAGCGUAAGCGCCAUCCUUGGCUCCCUGCUGGGUCUUUGGUCUAUCAUCCGCCUCUUCCACUAAGCUGUCAACUGUCUUAUCUACCAAACAAAACCCCAUUUCAACUUCCAAACUCAGCCAGACAGAUCUCUCUGCAAUUGGGAAUCUCAACCGUUAAUGCCCUUGUUUUACUCUUCCACCUUUUGUUGGUUUUGUUUUUUAGGCCAAUUGAAAGCCAAGCCGUCCAAUCAUCAAGCUAGAAUAUGUGUCAGAAUAUCAGAGAUCAAAUUAGUUUUGCCAAGAGCUGGUCUAAAUGUAACAAUUUAAUAAAUUUUAAAUAAUAAAACAUAAA